ACUUUUGCUUCUUUCUGGUGAGUAAAACGCUGCGUUUUCACUCUCAGAGUGGUCCUCCCCGGUUUCCCUCGGAAAUUGGCUGCAUUGCACGCAAAGCGUUUGAUUCAAUCACCCUGCGAAUCGAGUUUGAGCUGAGUUGACGCGGCCUCUGAAAACUCGACAAAAAUGCAACGGUUAACAUCAGGGAUAACUCGAACUGUGAAAGCUUCCUCGUCACUGAGAGCUCUCCUCCUCAAAGAAGCACCAUCAUCAUCAUCUUCUUGUCGGCUUCCAGAGCGCAGCUUCUCUGCUUUCUCCUUGCAACAACAUGUCCAAAACCCGCAAAAAGAAGCGAUCCCAGGCGAUUUCUUGAAAUGGGGUUCGAUUGGUUCUUGCAGGACUUCGAGGUUUGCGACUGGGUUCACGCCUUUACAACCUAAGCCUUUGAAUUCCGUCAUGGACUUGGACAGAGCAAAGAACCGUUCAUCAGAGGAUCUUGUUUCUAUUUGGGAUGAUUAUCACUUGGGAAGAGGUCACAUUGGGUUGACCAUGAAAGCAAAACUUUACCGUUUGUUGGAACAAAGAGGCUCAGAUUGCAGCCGGUAUUUUGUCAUUCCUUUGUGGAGGGGAAGUGGUUACACAACAAUGUUUGCUCAAGUGCAGUUGCCACACAUGCUUUUCACUGGUCUUGAAGAUUACAAAGCAAGAGGAACUCAAGCAGCUCCUUACUUCACUGCAACCUUUUACACAGAAUUUGCAGAAAGCAAGGACUUGGUACUCAUUCGUGGAGAUAUUGUUUUCACCAGUAAACUUACUGAUGAGGAAGCAAAAUGGCUCUUGGAGACCACUCAAUCUUUUUAUCUGAAUGAUGUGAGGUACAAACAGGUUGAACGAUUCAAUAAAGAGCCACGUGAGUUUGAGUUCAAGGAUGUGUUGCGAGCCUUAGACAUGCCCAUCAUGUAACUUCUUUGAAUGAUAUAUGGUGAACUACAAUGCUGCUUAGUCAGAAAGUCUGAAGCAAUAAUGUUUCCACUUAGGCAUUGGCCCAAUGGGAGGAUUAUCUCAAGACAACAGGUUGUGUUUUUAACAGAGGUAUUACUCAGCACUACUUGUUCAUUUUCACCAUGGGGAGAGAAUGGUGUUGAGAUGACUACUUUUGUUCCUGAGAGUACAUUGAAGAGAGAGAUUAUUCUUCUGAACAGGCGUUAGUGUUACAUUAUCAAGAGAAGGCACAAAUCCUACGUUUUACUUAAACGAUAUCAAUGGUAUAACCGUUCUCCUUUCGUCUAAGAUUAUAUUCAUUUACAUGGUAGCAUCUAAGUUCUCUUUGA